CAGCCAGCACCGGGCACUGCAGAGUUAAUUCCUGGGAGCCGUCGAGGCAGCACCGGGCACGGCAGAUCGGGCCACCGGGAGUCAUCCAGGCGGGACCAGAGUGUAUCCAGUGACCGGGAGUCGUCCAGGCAGCACCGGGCACGGCACACCCGGACAGGAGGACUGGCUGUCCGGCUGGGCACCGGGCACGGUAAAUCGGGGUGCACGGCUCGGGGCACCAUGGGCCCCCCCGGCGUGCUGCCCGCCCUGGCCUGGCUGCUGGCAGGGCUGAGCAUGCCAGCACCGAGCCGGGCCCAGCUUCACGGCGAGAAGGGCAUCUCCAUCCCCGACCACGGUUUCUGCCAGCCCAUCUCCAUCCCGCUCUGCACCGACAUCGCCUACAACCAGACCAUCAUGCCCAACCUGCUGGGUCACACCAACCAGGAGGACGCAGGGCUGGAGGUCCACCAGUUCUACCCACUGGUAAAGGUGCAGUGCUCGCUGGAGCUGAAGUUCUUCCUGUGCUCCAUGUAUGCGCCGGUGUGCACGGUGCUGGAGCAGGCCAUCCCGCCGUGCCGCUCCAUCUGCGAGCGGGCGCGCCAGGGCUGUGAGGCCCUCAUGAACAAAUUUGGGUUCCAGUGGCCAGAGCGGUUGCGAUGUGAGAACUUCCCCCGGCAUGGCGCCGAGCAGAUCUGUGUGGGGCAGAACCACUCGGAGGAUGGCGGCUCCCCAACACUGCUGACCAGUGCCACACCACUGGCCGGCCAGGGCACCCCCGGCGCCCCACGCUAUGCCACCCUUGACCACCCCUUCCACUGCCCACGGGCACUGAAGGUGCCCAGCUACCUCAACUACAAGUUUCUGGGGGAGAAGGACUGCGCGGCACCCUGUGAGCCUACCCGUCCCGAUGGGCACAUGUUCUUCAACGAGGAUGAGAUCCGCUUUGCCCGCAUCUGGAUCCUCAUCUGGUCUGUCCUCUGCUGUGCCUCCACGUUCUUCACUGUCACCACCUACCUGGUGGACAUGCAGCGUUUCCGCUACCCUGAGCGACCCAUCAUCUUCCUGUCAGGGUGCUACACCAUGGUGUCAGUAGCCUACAUUGCUGGAUUCAUGCUCGAGGAGAGGGUGGUCUGCAACGAGCGCUUUCAGGAGGAUGGAUACCGCACCGUGGUGCAGGGCACUAAGAAGGAAGGUUGCACCAUUCUGUUCAUGAUGCUCUACUUCUUCAGCAUGGCCAGCUCCAUCUGGUGGGUCAUCCUCUCCCUAACCUGGUUCCUGGCCGCUGGCAUGAAGUGGGGCCAUGAGGCCAUCGAGGCCAACUCCCAGUACUUCCACUUGGCCGCCUGGGCAGUGCCAGCUGUCAAGACCAUCACCAUCCUGGCCAUGGGGCAGAUCGAUGGAGACCUGCUGAGCGGUGUAUGCUUUGUGGGCCUCAACAACAUCGACCCUCUGCGGGGCUUCGUGCUGGCCCCGCUCUUCGUCUACCUCUUCAUCGGCACCUCCUUCCUCCUGGCCGGCUUCGUCUCCCUCUUCCGCAUCCGCACCAUCAUGAAGCAUGGCGGCACCAAGACAGAGAAGCUGGAGCGGCUCAUGGUUCGCAUUGGGGUCUUCAGUGUCCUCUACACUGUCCCGGCCACCAUUGUCAUCGCCUGUUACUUCUAUGAGCAGGCAUUCCGUGAGCACUGGGAGCGCAGCUGGAUCAGCCAGAACUGCAAGAGCUUGGCCAUCCCCUGCCCUCUCCAUUUCACCCCCCGCAUGACCCCCGACUUCACCGUCUACAUGAUCAAGUAUCUCAUGACUCUGAUAGUGGGCAUCACCUCCGGGUUCUGGAUAUGGUCGGGCAAAACCCUGCACUCCUGGAGAAAGUUCUACACUCGACUCACCAACAGCAAGCAGGGCGAGACCACAGUGUGACCCCCUGGCCCCACCACCCUUUGGCCUGAAAUAUUUUUUGGGGGGUUGGGGGAGGAGUUAUUAUAUAUUUUUUAUUUUUUAGAUUUAUUAAUGUCUAAGGGAUGCCUUUCUUUCUCUUUGAUUUUUUUUUUGUAAUUAAACCUGUAAAUAGCAUUUGUAAAUUUAAUUAUAAAUUUCUAUUUUAAAAUGUGAAAAAAGGGAGAAAAGAGAAGGAAAAGGGAAGGAGAAAUGGGAGAAAAAAGAAGGGCGAAGAGGGGAGGAAAAAGGAGGAAAAGGGAGAAAACAGUGGAAAAGGUAGGAAAAAAGGGGGGAAGGAAAGAAAAAAGGAAAGGAAGGGAAAAAGAGCAGCAAAGGGUGAAAAAAGAAAAGCAAGGAAAAAAGGGGAAAAUUAAAGAAAAAGGAGGAAAGGGGAAGAAAGUGGGACAAGGGGGAGGAAAACAGAAAAGGGCAGAAAAAGGAGAAAAGGGAAGAAAGGAGAAAAAAAGAAAAAAUAGGAGAAGGAGAGAAUCGAGAAAAGGAUAAAAAAGGAGGGGAAAGAGAAAAAGGAGAUGAAAAUGAGGAGACAGGAUCGGGGGGAAAAAAAGAAAGAGGUGGGAGAAAGGAGAAAAAAGGAGCAAAAGGGAAAAACCACUGGUAAGUGUGGAAGGGGACCCUCAGCCCCUGCUCCCUACUUCCUGCUCCCUCCAGCCACAGCUCCGCUGGCCCCUGGAAAAAGGGGGGGAAAUGGCAAAAAACCCCAAUAGCAAGCCCAUUUUUCUUGCUCUCCUUUCGAAGCUGCCCAAGAAAGUGGAUUUUUUCUUCUCCACCCCUUUGCUCCCAUGAGACCCUGGGCUGGGGCUGCCCCCACCCGGGGGGCUCUCCCUGAAUCCCCCCACUUGGCCGAUGACUUUUCCUCCCAAAUCCCUUUUUGAACAAUCCUUCACAAAUACAAAUGAGUCAAAAAAAAAAAAAAAAAAGAAGCGAGAUUGUUCCCGUGGGCUAUUUAUUUCCCCAGAAAUAACCCCAAUAAUUGAAUUGUGGAGGUCCCCAUGGAUUCUGCUGGGCCCCCCACUUCCACUGCCCAGUGGG